AUGCCUGGCUCGCGGCUUGAUCCGCGGCCAAAAGUUGGCCGAGACUCGGCCUGGGAGGAUCCGUCGGCAAAGUUGGAGUCCGUAUUGAGUUUGGCUGAAGCCCGGUCGUCAUCCUCGCGAUCGAGUAGCACCACGUCCAACAAUGAAUCGAAAUACUCUAACCUGGACCCGCUUCCUGCAACCGUUUACAAGGAGACUCCCUCCGCCCUGCAACGGCCAUCGCAUGGAUUUUGCAGACGAGAAGGUGACUAG